CUAAAGAAUUGUUUACAUUUUGAAAUAAAAGCUAGCAGACGAACGUGCUUUAUUUUUGAGAGUAAACAUUAAUCGUAAGGAAACAUAUUUUACACUUUGGGGCCUACUCUAAAAUGGCAGAAAUUGAAAAACUGGCUUCUGAUAUUCAACUGGCUAGACGAGAAUUAAGAAAUAUCCGACAAGAAUGCUUGAAGCAGAAGGCAAAUUUAAAGUCAGAAAUCAACAGAAUCAAAGAAUUUCUUUCAAAAAGUGCAAUAAAUGACAAAGAUACAUAUUCUGAUAUAAAAAAGGAAGAGCAUUCUAGAUAUUCUAUGAAUCCUAUUGGCUUUAUUUCUUCUUGUUUUAAAACUAAAAAUGGAAUUCCUCGUCAACCUGCUUUAUGCCCAGCAGCUAAAGGUACACUGACUAUAGAGAAAAGCAUCUUUUCAAAUCCUGAACAUUCCUUAAUUGGAUUAAAUGAGUUUUCUCAUAUAUGGAUUUUAUUUAUUUUUCAUGAAAAUGGCACUCACAAUGCAGUUAAAGCUAAAGUGCAUCCUCCUCGGUUAAAUGGUACUUCUGUUGGAGUUUUCAGCACUCGUUCACCCCAUAGGCCUUCUGCGAUUGGCUUGUCUUUAACAAAAUUAGAUAAAAUUGAAGGAAACACGCUCUUCUUAUCUGGUAUAGAUUUAUUGGAUGGAACUCCAGUUCUGGAUAUUAAACCUUACAUUCCUUUCUAUGACAUGCCUCCAAAUCUUAAAGAAAAUUUGACACAGUUUGAGCAUGAAAGUGAAGCUGAAAACACCGAAGAUGAACAAAUUGAUAAUCAUAGCAUUCUACAACAAACGGAAGCAGAAAAUAUCAGUACCGAUACCACUGCAGCCAGUGCCAUGCAUAAUGAGCCCCUUCUGUGCAAUUCAAAACACACAAACUGCAACGUUGCUUCUUUUCUGACUAAAAUGCCCAAAUAUUUGGAUGUGCUAUUUACAAAUAGAGCAUUGAGAGAUCUGGAAGGAUUUCAUGCUAAAGGAAGUCAUGAAGGGUGUUGUGUAAACUGUUUUGCUUUCGCUAACCAAAAUGAAGCGAAACAAGCUAUAACUGAUGUUUUGAAGAAUGAUCCGAGAUCAGUAUAUCGACGGACAAAAUGUUCUGAUCGACUUUAUUAUUUUUUUAUAAAUAAUUUACAUGUUACAUGCUGGUUUGAUGAAAGUAUUGCAGAAGUACUGCGAGUAAAAACACUUACAGAUGAAAAUGAAAAAUGUGAUAAUUUGUAAAUAAAACUAACUAUUUUUAUAUUCA